GUCGGAUGUCCAAAGUAUGGCGGGAAAUGGCACAAUUGUUUGAAAACAAGGAGUGAAAGGGCCUUUGUGCUGCAGCUCGAUUUGGCAGCAGCGCUUUGUAGUAUGAGAAUGCCAAUAGCAAAUGGAUGCAGCGUGCCAAGAUAUAAAGAGAGGAGAGAAGGCCGGUGUGCACGAAUGAGGCCACUAAAAAUAAAUGCAGAGCGUGGCCAAGGAAGGCGAGAGAAUAAAGAAGGGGGCAGAGCUGGCUCAGAAAAGAAAAAUCGCCCAAGAGCAGGCAAGAGCAAACACCCCUGAAACCAGCUCGGGAAAAUAAUGCCCACCUCCUUAUCUGAGACUCGACUAAUAAUGCGAGUUGCGGUCAGCUGCCUGAAGUGGGGAAAUCGGAGACAGCACAAAAAGGAGGGACGGCGCGCCUUUUCCGCACGACUCUUUCACGGCAGCCAGCAAAACAGGCUUGGCAGCAACCAUCGCCGGCGUGCUCGUGGUGGGCUGGGUCAUGCGAGCAGCCGGCAAUUUAGGAGAGGGAGGGCGCAGCAGCAUCGGCAGCAUCGGCAGCCAAGGAUACUGCGCGCCCAGGUUCAGAAGUGGCAAGAGGCAAGCUGGCAUUUGUUUUCCAAACACAGUGGCGGUAGGUGUUCUCCGCGCUGCAUAUUUGUGCGCACGCACGUCAGAGCACCGGGCUGUGCCCAGCAUGAGGCGCGUGGCGCACAUAAACAACGCUUCGAGAGUGGGCACAGCAAACGGAACAGCAUUGGUAGGCUUCUUACCUGGCGAUAUGGACUGCUGGUGCGACUGCUGCUGAUGCUGGAGCUGCCGCGCCCGCAUCUCCGGGCUCGCUAGCCGGAUCUGGGUGAGCGAUUCCGCCGACAUUGAGCUCCGGUACUCCCUUGACGACCGACCGUUGGGUAUCUGUUGCACAAGGAACUGCUGGCUCGCCAUUGGCAGGUUGGGAUGGGCGGGCG